AUGGAGGAGGAUGCGGAGCGGCGCAGAAGCGCGGAGCUGAAGGGGGAGACCCAGCUGCGGCCCGGAUCGAGGAUCCAGGUGCAGGGCCUUACUAGCAGCACGGAGCUGAACGGCCUCGAGGGGAGCCUGCUUCAGUUCGACGCAGCGAAGUGCCGCUGGGGCGUCGAGCUGGAGAGCGGCAAGAAGGUGCUGCUCAAGAUUAACAACCUCGUGUCCCUCGACGCCAAGGCCGACAAGGAGGCCGCCGCCGCCCCGGCGCCGCCGCGGCCGGCCUCGCACGUGCUGCGCAGCACGCCUGGCGACCCGGCGCCGGCGGUGGCCGCGGCUGCGGAAACCGGGCUGCUGCAGACGGGCGCGCUGGCGGGCGCGCCGCCGGCGCCGGCGGGGCUUGCGGCCUUCGAGAACGGCCGCGACUUCCUAGCGUGCUGCGACGUGAAGGGCUCCAGCCUCGAGUUCGGCGCGUGGUGGCACAAGCGCGGCACAGGGCGCGGGGGGGUCAGCUCCUUCGACAUCUGCACCGAGGCGUACCAGCAGCUGCCAGAGAGGGAGCAGGCGCGCUUUGUGCGCAUCGACUCAAUGGCGGACGUCGCGCUGCACAUGGGGCUCCCGGAGGAGGCCGAGGAGGUGCGCCUCGGCGAGGCCGACGGGGAGGCGCCCGCGGCCGAGGACGUCUCCGCCGACGUGGACGCGGCGCAGGCCGCGGCGGAGGCCCUGCUGGCCGACGGGCGGCGCUCGCGGCUGAGCGCCGCGGAGGUGAUGGAGCGCCUGCCGGGGCCGCCCUCGCUGGACGUCGUGCGCCUUGCGCUGGCCCGCGUGGCGAAGUCCACCCCCGGGUGGAGCUACGCGCGGGGCGGCGACGGUUGCCCGCAGGAGUGCCUUCUGACGCGCCACGACGUCGAGUGGCGCUAG